CGAGCCGUGCCGGACGAAGCGGAAGCGAGAAUGUUGGCUUGAGUAACGCAAACAUUGGUGAGAAUCCAAUGCCCCAAAAACCCAAGGGUUCCUCCGCAAGGUUCGUCCACGGAGGGGAAUUUGGACCCGACUCGUCAUUGUCACAAGUCCGCUGGUCGAGCUCGUGAACAUACAUGAUCCGUGUAUCCGACCCAUGUCCAUGUCGAUAGAAAUACUAAAUACCAAGGAAUGCUUAUUUCACAUUUCCACAUGUCAACCAUCCAAUUAAUUUCUGAUAUCAUGGAUAAUGCUCGUCUCCCCUAAAUGGUUAAAUUGACACCUUAUUACAUACAUCUUCACCAAAAACUCCCCAAAACAAGAAAAAAAAAUCUCCCAAUGUUACACCACAACAACACCAACAAUACCAACCCAAUCCCAAAGAAACGACAGCGUAUCAACAGCUCCACCCGUCUCUCUUCUCUCUCCUCCGCCGCCAUUGAUUCCUCCCUUCAUUUUCUCUCUCUUCCCAUUUCCGGCGGCUUCAACGAUGCUUCCACCGCCGACAUUCUCCUCCGUCUCUUCUAUGACUCCGAUUCUCUCUCCUCCAUUGCCGAAACCUCCGAUUCUUCCUCCGAUGAAGUUCAGGUUUACCUUCAUUCAUCUGCUCUUUGUAGAGCGAAGUAUUUCUCUGCUUUGUUCUCCGAUCGAUGGAGCAAAAACAACGAUGAUCGGAAGAAGAAGAACUUUCAGAAGUUAAAUCUCGCGGUUUCGCUGAAAACAGGUUCGAUUAAUACUCAUUUGAUGGUUCUUCGUUUGGUUUAUAGUGAUGAUUUGUCAAUCGCGAUUAAUUCUGCUGCAUCGGCGAUUUCGAUUUUGCCUGUUGCUAUGAAAUUGUUGUUUGAUGAUUUGGUGAAGCAGUGUGUUAGAUUCUUGGAAGCUGUUCCUUGGAGUGAGGAAGAGGAAGAGGAGAUUUUGAAUUUGGUUCCUUUUUUAAGUGAGGAUGAAUCGAAGGAACUUUUAGCUAGGGUUUCGACAUCUAGGAGUGAUUCGUGUGAAUUAAUGCUUGAUAAUUUGUUGAUUUCUGCUAAGCAGAAUCAUCCGAAUUUGGCGCCGGUGAAGGCGUUUGUUGCGAGGUUGUUGAGGGAGUUUUCGUCGAGAGAUUCGGCUAGGAGAGUGUUGGAGAAGGCGUUUCUGAUGAGUUUGAAGGUGGUGAAGGGAUCGUUGGAGGAGUAUUCGAGUCCGGAUUUUCGAGGUGAUCAUAAUGAGACGGAGGCUAUUCAGAGGUUGAAUUUGCAUACUGCUUUGACUAAUGGAAAGCAUUUGCUGUGGCUUGUGGAGAGGAUGAUUGAGCUUCGUGUUGCGGAUGUGGCAGUUAAGGAGUGGAGUGAGCAGGAUUCUUUUGCUGCUGAUUUGCAGAGGGCGUUUCGUGAUGAUGCUUGGAGGAAUAUUGUACCGGGGCUUCCAACUGUUGUUUUGAAAUGUACAUCAAAGCUUGCAAAUGCUGUGGCUUCUGGCAACAUUUUAGUUGCUAGACAGGUUAGAAUGAAAUUCGUGAAAGAUUGGCUUCCGGUGCUUAUUGUAUGCAAAGAGAAAGCAUCUCCUGUGCUUCCUAGCCACAAGCCUGUACUUCAUAGUCCUACUCCUACAUCUUUAUAUCUAGAACUGGAAGAUACGUUUCUGAGGAUAAUCUCCACGUUGCCCAUGGAUGAUGCACAAGAGCUAUUGCAGCAAUGCCUAAGUUUCUCAACCCGAGAUUCAGAAGAUUGUCCCCAUCUAAUCACGGCUUUUAACACCUGGUUUCGUCGUGCUACUCGAUCAUCUUUGGUAACAAAUUUUUCUUAAAUUCUAAGUUGACACGUUUCCUGUUUGAUAGUACUGUAUAGCUGUGAUAAAACCCUCUUUUGUGUGUGGCAUGAUGUAUUGAUACCAUAUAUAUAUAUGUAAAUAUGUAAAUCGAACAUGCUUUUUAUGGGAAAACUUGUUUAAUAUCUAAAA